AUGGGACUUCCUCUGAGUCCGUUACCAAACUUGUUGGCAAUAAAAAAUGCCCUCCGUUAUUUUCCUACCAAUAUACAACAUUCUUUAAUCGCUGAAUUUCAAAAUGAACUGAAACAAUAUGGUCAUAUCUAUAUGUAUCGUUUUAAGCCAAAUAUUGAAAUGAAAGCCUAUCCAAUUGACGAGUAUCCAUGUGUUUGUAAACAGGCAGCAGGAAUUAUGCUUAUGAUAAUGAAUAACUUGGAUAAGCGUGUAGCUCAGUUUCCCUAUGAGCUUAUAACCUAUGGUGGAAACGGUCAAGUGUUUUCAAAUUGGGCGCAAUUUUUAUUAGUUAUGCAUUAUUUGAGCAUAAUGAAUGAAAAACAAAUAUUAAUCAUGUAUUCUGGCCAUCCGCUUGGUUUAUUUCCGACUAGAGCUGAGAAUUCACCACGUAUGGUCAUUACGAAUGGCAUGGUAGUGCCUAACUAUUCAUCUUCCGCUGAUUACGAGCGAAUGUUUGCACUUGGUGUUACGAUGUACGGACAAAUGACAGCUGGAUCAUAUUGCUAUAUCGGACCCCAAGGGAUAGUUCACGGAACAUUUAUAACAAUAAUGAAUGCGGCACGGAAGCGCCUUAAUACCAAUGAUUUACGUGGACGUGUGUUUGUUAGCUCUGGUCUUGGAGGAAUGAGCGGUGCUCAAGCCAAAGCAGCAAUGAUGCUUGGUUGCAUUGGAGUGAUAGCCGAAGUAAGUAAAGAAGCAGCAGAAAAACGUUAUCAACAAGGUUGGUGUUCUGAACUCAUUGACGAUAUGGAUAACUUGAUCAGUCGUAUUAAAGAAUGUAAACAGAGUGGAAUAGCUAUUGCAAUUGGUUAUUUGGGAAAUAUCGUCGAUGUCUGGGAGCGACUUGCUAAAGAAUUUGAUCAAUCUAAAGAAUUAUUAGUCGAUCUAGGCUCCGAUCAAACUUCCUGUCAUAACCCGUAUUAUGGUGCUGAUGUUGGUGCAUCGCACGCUACAUCUCAUUGUAUAAAAUUCAAAUAUCCGUCUUAUGUACAAGAUAUAAUGGGCAAUAUAUUUUCACUUGGCUUUGGUCCAUUUCGAUGGGUGUGUGCAUCGUGUUCUUCAUCUGAUCUCGCUGAAACAGAUCGUAUAGCUGAGAAUGUUAUACAAGAACUUAUGGCUGAUAAAAAUGUUCCACAAAAUGUAAUGGAGCAGUAUGAAGAUAAUUUGAAAUGGAUACGUUUGGCGGCAAAUGCUAAUUUAGUUGUUGGCUCACAAGCAAGAAUAUUGUAUUCGGAUCAAAUUGGACGUAUAAAACUUGGCCUCGCGUUCAAUGAAGCUGUGCGAAAUCGCCGAAUUGGACCAGUGGUUUUGAGUCGAGAUCAUCAUGAUGUUUCUGGAACAGAUAGUCCAUAUCGUGAAACUUCAAAUAUUGAAGAUGGAUCAGCUUUUUGUGCCGAUAUGGCUGUUCAAAAUGCUAUUGGAGAUUCAUUCAGAGGUGCUACAUGGAUUGCACUUCACAAUGGAGGCGGAGUUGGUUGGGGUGAGGUCAUGAAUGGAGGAUUUGGAAUGUUUUUGGAUGGAAGUGAAAAGACAGAUCAAAAUAUCCGAGAAAUGCUUUAUUGGGAUGUAUUGAAUGGUGUAUCUCGUCGUUCUUGGUCGGGAAAUGCGAAUGCAUCGCAAACUAUUCGACGUGCAAUGGAAGUAGAGUCGAACUUAAAUGUUACAUUACCAAAUAAUUUAUCAGCUGAAUGUGAAAAGAUGUUAAGAAAUGAUGUUUGA